AUUUAUAUUAGUGAAUUAAAUAUGAAUGAAUGUGUGCAAAUUUAAUUUUAUCGAUGAUCCCAUCCUCGGAAAUUUAAUCGUUUUGAUAAGUGUGCUUUCUAUAUUGUUAUAAAUGUAUAUAUUUUUCUAUAUAUAAGAAAGUGCGCCAGUCUUUUUCUUAGUAUCCAUCAUGAAGGCUUUCAUUGUUUUGGUUGCUCUGGCUUUUGCCGCCCUCACUCUUGGUCGCACCAUGGACCGUUGCUCCCUGGCCCGCGAGAUGUCCGACCUGGGCGUUCCUCGUAACCAGCUGAACAAGUGGACCUGCAUUGCCGAGCACGAGAGCAACUACCGCACCGACGUGGUUGGUCCAAUGAACGGGAAUGGUUCCCACGACUACGGCAUUUUCCAGAUCAACGACUUGUACUGGUGCGAGCCCUCCCACGGUCCCUCCUACGGUCGCUCCAGCAACAUUUGCGAAAUCGACUGCGACGACCUCUUGGGUAACAGCAUUGUCAACGACGUCCGCUGCGCCCAGAAGGUUUACAAAGAGCAGGGCUGGUGCGCCUGGACCACCUGGCACCAAUGUAGCGGUGCUCUGCCCUCCAUCGACGACUGCUUCUAAACUGGAUAUUGACUUUUUAUAAAUAAAAAAGGUCAAAUUAUGAGACGCUAACAAGGGAAUUCCAGUCAAGGGAAUACCCUUAAUGGGUAUAGUCACAUACUCGCCUUAAUAAAUGCAAGUUAUUUUCCUCUGGAUAUA